GCGGAGCUCAGCCGGAACAGAAAAGCUAAGCUGUGGUUUCUUUCAGAACCUACCAAACAUCACGGACGACCGGAAGCGGUCGCAAAUUUGAACAGCCAUCACAGCGACAAUAAACGCGCACUUUCACUUUACGUAAACAGGUGCAGACUAACAGAGUUCCAAGCUGAAGACAACAGUAUGCAGCAGGAACUCACAAUGGCCGAGAAAGAACAAGGACAUACUGUAAGCAAUGAAGGAGAGGCCGUUGGAGAUGUGUCCAACAGUCCAGUUAAAAGGGGAAGGGGGAGGCCGCAAGGUACUAAGAAGCUGAAGGUUUGUGUUACAGACGUUAACAUGACCAAGCUGGUUUCAGCUAAUUCCAAUGGUGAGCCCACGCAGUCCCGCAGAGGAAGAGGGCGUCCAAGACUCUCUGGAACAAAACACACAGGGCAGCAAAGAUCAGGAGAUGACCCCGCCAGCAGCCCAGUGCAAAGUCACAAGGGCAGAGGAAGGCCCAAGGGGUCCAAGAAUCGGAGCACUGAUCGAAACAGUUUAGCAACAGAACAGUCUUCUAAGAGAAGAGGCAGGCCAAAAAAAUCAGUUAAAGCUGAGACGGCUGCUGCUGAAGAUUUACUGAACGGUGGCUCUGAUGCACCAAAAAGAGGGCGUCCAAAAGGAUCGAAGCGCAAGUCAGAAAUGAGUGGAGAGGAAGAGGGCAGCUCCGUAACACCUCGGAAAAGAGGUCGACCAAAGGGUUCUCUCAAUAAGAAAUCCAGGCUGGUGAGCAGCGAAGGAGAAAGAGGUUUGUUACCUCGAAGAGGAAGGGGAAGGCCCACAAAAAGUAUGGAAAAGAGGAGUGUCAGUCUGGGCUCAGAUGGCUCCCAGCAGGUAAAGAGGGGAAGAGGUCGGCCCAAAGGAUCUUUGAACAAGAAACACUCUGUAUAUAGGGGGCGUGGUAAGGUAGGCCGGCCUUCAAAAGUAUCGGGCCUCCCUGGAAGAGGGAGGAAGCGUGGUCGACCACGACAGCAACCAGGCAAAAGGGGAAGACCGAGGAAGUACCCUGUGCCAUCACCUGAGGAGCUUAAGAAGCCAAAAGUAUGGAAGCCGCUGGGAAGGCCGAGGAAAUAUCCACGUGUUGACCCUCCAGUGGGAGCUCUACUGACACCUCGCCGAGGCCGCGGUCGACCCCGCAAGUCAGAUUCUAAGAAAGGCGCUCACCUGCGCAAGAAUUUGCCCGUCUCUCCAUCCACACCACAAAACCUCAGCGUUGAACCUCAGAGAAAAAGGGGCCGUCCCCCAAGCUCAGUAAGAAAUGAAGAUGACGCCCCCCGCAAAAGAGGCCGCCCCAAAGGCUCGGUCAACAAAAACAAAGCCAGAAGUGAAUCGCAGCUCGACAGCACGCUCCCCAACCACUCAAAAGCAGCAAGCGAUUCGGCCGAUGUUGGGAUGGAAAAUGAAGCAGAGCUAGCAGCAAAGAAGAUGGAGCACAGCAUGGAGACGAUACCCAUCAAACACGGAGAGGAGACUGAAGAAACUGUCAUCGUUCAGGAUGUAAGUUUUGAUAUUAGUGACCAGGCUUGAUGAACGAUCCAGUCUGACCCCCCCCCCAAAAAAAGAAGCUGGUGUAGUUAUUGCUGUUAAAACAGAAUAUGUUGUUGUCCAGAAAAUAACAUGUUUUUAACAUUUUGUCAGUUGGCUAGGUUAGAUAUUCAACAGCUCUUCUAUUUUUUCCUGACUAACGUGUUCAUCUUUAUAUAUAUAUAUAUA